CGCUACGAAAAUCGCUAUUUAACCUUUGUCAUAAGUGCUGUUGACUCCCCCAUAAUCUCUCGAAAAACCAACAAAAUCGCAGCACAGUACUUCAUCCACAAAAAGUAAUAAUCAAAAUUCAUAAGUUGCGUUUUCCCAGUAUUUUCAUUCCUUCUAAAUAGAGGAUAAAGGAAAAAUCCAGGAUGUACCGAAAAGUAUUAAUUUUCCUGGGUGCAUCCCUCCUGUAUAAUGUGGCAAUAGCCCAUGAGGACGAUGUGCACACAGUCCAGUACACAAAGGAGAAUUUUUCGACCGAAGUAAUAAAAAAAAACCACUUCAUCAUGUUCUACGCACCGUGGUGCGGACACUGCCAGAGUCUGGCACCCACAUGGGAAAUGCUGGCGGAAAUGCUAAAUGAGGAUGAGGACAGCAGAGUACGUAUUGCCAAAGUCGAUUGCACAACGGACAGCAGUAUUUGCAGUGAGCAAGAUGUCACUGGGUAUCCAACAUUGAAAUUCUUCAAGACUGAGGACAACACAGGAAUCCGAUUCAGGGGAACGAGAGAUUUGCCAUCACUCACUGCUUUUAUCAAUGAGCAAUUAGGAAGUGUACCAACGGAGGACUCAGAUGACAGGCCCCCAGUGCCCGAGCCGGUGAAUGGCCUCGUCGAGCUCACGGAGGACACCUUCAACAAGCACGUCUCCUCGGGUAGUCACUUCGUGAAAUUCUACGCACCAUGGUGCGGCCACUGUCAGAAGCUGGCCCCCACCUGGGACGAAUUGGCUCAAUCCAACAGCCAUCACACCCUCGUCAGCAUCUCCAAGGUCGACUGCACCCAGUACCGAUCGGUAUGUGAGCAAUUCGACAUCAAGGGCUAUCCCACUCUCUUGUGGAUCGAGAAUGGAAAAAAAAUUGACAAGUACUCAGGUGAUAGGGGACUCGAGCAUCUCCAGGAGUACGUCAACAAAAUGUUGACCAAGAGCUCCAGUGAAUUUGAUGACAAAAAGGAGCAGACUGACGACGAAAUUCAAUCUGUCUUCACGCUGACUGGUGACUCGUUCAAGCAUGGCAUCGAGAAGGGCGUAACCUUUAUUAAAUUUUUUGCACCCUGGUGUGGGCACUGCAAACGUCUUGCCCCCACCUGGGAGGAGCUGGGAAAAAAAUUCGUUGGACGGGGAGAUGUUCACAUCGUCAAAGUCGACUGCACCCUGGAUACCAGCAAACAGCUCUGUAAUGAGCAAGAGGUCGAUGGCUUUCCCACUCUGUUCCUUUAUAAGGAUGGAGAAAAAAUCUCUGAGUACAACGGGUCCAGAACUCUCGAUGAUCUGUAUGAAUUCGUUCAUAAACAUCUCAAGGCUCACGACGAGCUGUGAUCUGGAAAUUUUCUGACUCAGAGCGCUGGUUUUACAUCCAGGUUCUGUCGAUAUCAAUGGGAAUUUUUCGAAGGGAUUCCUUUUUCUGGAUCAGUCAAUUUUUCGCUGAGAUUUUUGGGGAGUUAAGGACGUCCAUGUGAAUUUUACGAUUUGAUAUCAAAUCAAUGAAUUUUUUUUAACGCUUGGUUUUUAUAAAUAUUUGAUUGGAAUGCAGAAAAUUAUUGGAUGAUUUUAAAGAAACCGGUUUCAAUUAUAAAAUUUAUAAUAUUGAAAAGAAAAAAUAUUUGAACAGUCUUAAUGAAUCCGCUUGUCAAUUCCACUUAAUUAGUUUAUAAAUCAUAAUCGUGUGAAUCAUAAUCUCCAGAUAACUGUGCUUCCAGGCUCUCCAGGGUCAGCACAAUUGACGAAGAAAUAUCUCGUUAUUUUAAUCUUCCCUCGAGGGUCAUUCCUCGAUUUUUGUUGAGUUUAAUUGGAUAACGUGAUUAUGAUUCUAGUCGUGAUUAUUGCGAGUACUCAUUCCCCAAUAGAUGAUAGACCCAUGGAUUUUUGUGGGGACCAGGAUGAAUGUUGUAAAACUGAUAAACUUUUAUACUGUCUCUCGAUGAAAAAUAUUGUCAGCCACACGUGUAAUAAAAAUAAAUAUGUAAUAAAUAUGUGCGAAAUCAUGA